AUGCUAACUAUUUAUCAGUUACUUUUAUCACAAAAGUAUAGAUCGCGACUUCGGUUGUUGGACUACCGCAACUUUGGUCGCUGCUGUUGCUUUAACCUCUGUGAGAAGAUUGCAGGCUUCAGUUUCCUCUGUGUUGCCAUCUGAUUCAUCAGCAUCUUGGCCAUCACUGGAAACUUAACUGUUCUUCUUGUCUUCUUCUCCAGCGCCAGCAAACUAACCAUUCCAUGCUUUCUUAUGUGCCAUCUUGCAUUUGCUGAUCUGUGCAUUGAAAUAUAUCUGCUCGCAUCAGUGGACUUAAGGACUCGUGGGAACUACAGUCAGCAUGCUAUCAAGAAGCAGACUGGACCAGGCUGCAGUGUGGCUGGUUUUCUGUCUGUUUUUGGAGGAGAACUGUCAGUUUAUACCCAGACAGAGCGAUGGCAAGCUACAACAAAUGCCCUACAAGUGAAGUGCCAUCUUGGUCUAACAAGCUGCAUAAUGUCCACAGGUUGGCUUGGCUGUUUGGCAAUGGGUAUCUUGCCUCUGAUUGGAGUCUGUAGUUACAGUAAAGUUAGUAUGUGUCUGCCAAUGGAUAUAUAA